AUGAAAAAGUGUCUAUUCACAUUUCUUUUAUUAUUGACAAUCAUUUCAAUUGGUGCAACGGUAUUCGAUUCUUUUCAUUGUAAAGCAGCCACAUGUCACGAAUUUUAUUAUGGCUUAAAGAAUUUUCCUCGUCAAAAAGAUUAUGUUAAUGUAUGUUAUGAUACUGUGCGUUCUAUAGAAAACAUAUCAAAGACGUAUGGUAAAUGUUUUGAUGAAAAAACAGCAAAAUUUAAUCCACCGUGUAUUUACGCAUUAGCAACAACGAUGAAAAGAUGUGUAAAUGGAUUGAGUGAUGUAUCAGAACAUUCUGCUCGAUAUUAUUGUGGUUAUAGACUUAUGCAAAAUUGUGCUAAAUAUCUUGGUCUGGAGCGAUUUCCGUAUAAUACCGAAUAUCAACGACCUGAUGAUAGUUGA